AAUGGCAGAAUAACUAAAAUUUACACAUCCCUUUCCUAAAUUGUUAUUUGAUGACAGUCACAUUCAAUUUAAAAAAUACUCUAAAUAUAUUAUAGAUACAGAUGCUGGAUCAGAUGAUGCUCAUGCAAUCCUAAUUGCCUCUUAUAUUCUUAAAUAUAUACGAACUGAUGCAGAAUUAAUAGGAAUAACAGCAGUGGCAGGUAAUGCAGCACUUGAAAAUGUGAUAAAAAAUGUAUUUAAUCUAAUUUAAUAAUCUUAGGUAUAUAUUACAACAAGGAUUGGACAUUUUGGUGAGAAUCCUCCAAAAAUAUACAAAGGAUGUAGAACAGAUACAUUAAGAAGAUUUUAUAGAGAUAAUUACUUUUUGGAAGAUGGAUUAGGUGGAUAAUAAUUAAGAUUAUUAACUGAAUUAGGUUUAUAAGAUAAACCAUUAGAAUAUUUUCAUGAAAAAUAACAUGCUUGUGAUUUCAUUAAAGAUUCUAUUUACAAAUAUGGAGAGGAUUUAUGUAUUAUUUGUAUUGGUCCUAUGACUAAUAUUUAUUUAACAUUAUAAAUGUAUCCAGAUAUUGUUGAUAAACUUGGAUGUUUAUUUGCUAUGGGAGGAACAUAUAUGGGAGUAGGAAAUGCAGCUAAUUCAGUUGCUGAAUUUAAUGUACAAACAGAUGUAGAAGCUACAGCAGCAGUAGCAAUGGCAAAGUUUAAAUAAAAGAUGUUAUUGCCAUUUGAUGUUGUAUUAGCUUACACUUUAGAUAAAUAGAAUGGAAAAGUUAUUUUUGAAAAUGGAGCUAAAACAAAGAAAUCUCAAUUUGUUGAAAGUAUUUUCAAAGCUGUAAGUCAUGAUGGAAAUUACAUACUUUGUGAUGGUAUAUUCAUUUAAAAUAUCUAUUAUAGAAUUGGCUGUAAUGGUAGCAUUAGUACCAAGUUUGAUAAUAUAUUCUUUAUAAAAGAAUAUAUCUAUUGUCUCUGAUGGACAGGCAAGAGGAUAAGUUAUCAUUGAUUGGUUAACAUUGAUGAGAGGAAAUCAAAAAUCAGUAGUCAGUAUUCUAACAGCUUUUGAAUGGGAUUCUGUUAUUGAAAUAGCUACUAAAGCUAAUUAGGAUCAACAAUGAU